AUGACUGAUUCGUCAAUUCGUUCUUCUUCACAACAAAAACCAUUGGCAAUAAUAACGAAUCAACGUGAAAAAAGCAAUAAUGGAGUAGCCGAUACAGUUAGUCCGAAAAGUCCAUUAGAAUUUACAUGGACAUUUUGGUAUAUCAAGCCAGAUAAACGUCUUACAUGGGAGCAGUCAUUGAUUAAUUUAAUUGAUAUAGGUUUUGUGGAAGAUUUUUGGGCCACAUUUAAUCAUUUAGCACCACCAUCACGUCUCGCACAAAAUAAAUCGAAUUCAGAUUAUUAUUUCUUUAAAAAUGGAGUUCGUCCAAUGUGGGAGGAUAAAGCCAAUGCAAAUGGUGGUCGUUGGUUGUUAACAUGUGGAAAUCAAGAUAGUAAACUUGAUGAAUUAUGGUUAGAAACUUUACUUGGUAUGAUCGGUGAUUGCUUCUCACAUGAUACUGAUCCUGAGCCACUUAGUCAUUAUAUAACCGGUUGUGUAGUAGCUAUUCGUACACGUGGUCACAAGAUAGCACUAUGGUUGUCUGAAGCACGCAAUGAAACAAUUGUACGCGAAAUAGGUCGUCGUUGGAGAUCGAUUAUAAAUUUAUCACCAAAUGUUCGCAUACAAUUUGAUAUGCAUAAUGAAAGUAGUAGUAGUUCACAACGACCGAUGUAUGAAGAAUAA